UCUUCUCCCUGUGCUCCCAAACUCCCAUGGCCGUGGUCGCGGUUCUAGCGGCCUCCAUUUCUCUCCUUCCGACCUGGUCCAACGCUAUUACUCGCCGGAAACCUCUCCCGCCUCCUUCGAGCAACCACGCUGACUGCAAGUCACUCGACCCCCUCCGUCUCUCCCCAUCUCUCCUAAGCAUCAAACAGUGUGUCUCUUCUGCCGCUCCCUCCACCUCCCACCUUCUUAAGCACUACGCACGCCUGGCCUCCAAGCUCGCCCUAACCGGCCGGCUUCAUGAAUUCCUCACAAUCUCCGAGGGCAUCCUGACCUCCGACGCCAUCAACUUCGUUGAUAGAUCCCGUUUCAUCUCUCGCAUUGAAGCCAAGUUGAUCUCCAGAGGAAUCGCCGCCGUCAUCGACGAUGGAAGGCUUGAGGAUGUUAUCGAUUUAUUGGGCAGGCUUGAUAAGCUGGGGAUAAGGCCAUUUUCUCUGCUUCAUGGCUCGGCCAUCAAAGCUAUCAGGGAUGAAUGUGGAAGGCUCAUGCACCACGGAAGUUUAGAGGAGUUUGUGCGGUUGAUGGAAAUUCUUGCAGGCUAUGGUCUCUUUAUCAAAGACAUUUCGGAUCCUGGUGAUACUAUUAGAUUCUUUGUUGAAAAGUGUAAACCAGAGAUGGCUGUGAGGUAUGCUAGCCUCUUCCCACAAUUCGAACUUCUGGUAUGCUGCAUCAUACAGGAGUUUGGGAAGAAGAAGGAUAAAUUUUCCGCUAGGAGAACUUAUAAGGCGUUCAGUGGAGAAUUUGAUCGUGCCGAUAUGCAUGUAUGUCGAACUUUAAUUGAUGUAUAUGGUCUAUGUGGCGACUUCUUGAAGUCAAGGCAACUGUUUGAGGGGUUGCUUGCCAGAAAUAUAACCCCAAAUAUAUUCUUCUUCAACAGUCUCAUGAAUGUGAACUCCCAUGAUUUGAGCUACACCUUGAACGUUUACAACCAUAUGCAAAUCUUGGGUGUGACAGCUGAUAUGACGUCAUAUAACAUACUUUUGAAGGCAUGCCAGAAUGCCAAAAGAGUUGAUUUAGCACAGAAGAUCUAUGAUGAAGCAAAGCAAGUAGCAUCAGAUGGAGCCUUCAAGUUGGACAUCAUUACAUAUAGUACCAUGAUGAAGGUGUUUGCUGAUGCAAAAAUGUUGGAAAGGGCUUUUAAAAUUAAAGACGAGAUUAUUAUAGCUGGUAUACGGGCAAAUGUAGUUACUUGGUCAACAUUGAUUAGUGCAUGUGCGAGUGCUACUCUGGUUGAUGAGGCCAUUAAGAUAUUUGAGGAAAUGCUUAUGGCUGGUUGUGAACCAAAUGCGUAUUGUUUCAACAGUCUUCUUUAUGCUUGUGUUGAAUCAUGCCAGUAUGAUCGAGCUUUUCGAUUUUUCUAUGCCUGGAAAGAGACCGGAUUUGAAGUUGUCAAUUUUGACCAAGGCACUAAACAAGUGAUUCCCUUCAAACCAACUGUUGCUACUUUUAAUAUUUUAAUGAAAGCCUGUGGAACUGAUCACUUCCGUGCAAAAGCUUUAAUCAAGGAAAUGAAAACGAUGGGCCUAUCUCCUAACCACAUAAGCUGGUCUGUUCUGAUUGAUAUUUAUGGAAACGCUUAUGAUAUGAAAGGAGUAAUGCAGGCACUAAAAGCCAUGAGAGAUACUGGGAUUAAGCUUGAUGUUGUUGCAUAUACAGUUGCCAUAAAGGCAUGUGCUCAGAAUGGAAACCCAAGAUUGGCAUUUUCUCUAUUUGAAGAAAUGAAGAGAGACCAAUUGAAGCCCAAUUGGGUAACUUACAAAACUCUUUUGAGAGCUCGUAGCCAAUAUGGCUCCUUGUGUGAAGUUCAACAGUGCCUAGCUGUUUACCAGGAUAUGCGAAAAGCAGGGUACGGUUCUAAUGAUUACUAUCUCAAGGAGUUGCUUGAGGAGUGGUGUGAAGGAGUAAUAUGCAGUAACAGUCAAAAGAAAAACAUGCUUAGGAUUGACAAAAGAUUCAACUUAAAUAAUUCCAAGAAACUAGGCUGUCUACUUCUUGAAAGAGUAGCAACAUUUUUGCAGAAGGACACGGCUGACUAUCAAGCUAUUGACAUCAGAGGUCUCACAAAGAUUGAAGCUCGGAUUGUUAUUCUUUCAGUUCUGAGGAUGAUUAAGGAGAACUACCAGCAAGGAAAAAUCAUUCAAGAUGACAUGAUCAUUAUCGUAGGGGUCGGCGAUGAAUUAACAUGCUCUACAGGUACUGAGCAUGAGAUUAAGCAAGCAAUCAUAAGAGUUUUGCAAGGUGAGUUGGGCCUUCAUGUUGUUACUGGGCAUAAACCUGAUUUAAACCUCUCUAUGGUCGUAAAGAACUCCACCUUCGCUGAAGAUAAAUAUGAGGCAAGGAGACCACACUACUCAGGAUUAUUAAAAAUUACCAAGGAAUCAAUUUAUCAAUGGCUGCAAAGAAAAGAAGUUACUAAGAUUUGGUUCAACAGAACUUACAUCUUCCUUGGCAGGCAUCGCUCAGCAAUCAAUUGAUGAGAAUUUCUAAGAUCUCCAUUUUUAUAUAUACCUGUACAGUUUAUAUCUGUAACAAUUUCAGUAAAAACUUGUUGUUGGAAUAAUCCCAUUUAUGGGGUUGUUUUCACAGCUUGUGAUGCGUAUUUUUGGCAUCAGGCAUUCAGGCAAUGUGUAGAACUUCCAGUAGUGGAGUCUUAAUUCAGCUGCAGUAGAACAAUAACAAGCUGAUAUCUCCAUUUAUAGCAGAUGAAGCCUUUUUCAGCUGUAUAGAUAAGGAGUGAUUAUUCUGUGCGGACACCGGAUGAGAGAACCGUACGGUUUACGCUUAAGUACCGAGUGGUGCCUCGGUCGAUACCGAGCUCGGUAUCGGACGUGACGCAUUUUCAUUGAAGUCCAAACUCCGCAUAGAAUAAUUUUUCGUAUAGAUGAGGGGAGGCCAAAGGUAUGACAACUCCACAGAAGUUUAUUAUGUAUUCGGUUUGAUAAUUGUACAACUGAAAUGAAUAUUAAUUUCUAGUUGGUGGACCCCAAAAUUUUACUUUAGAAGAUA